AUGGAUGUAGUAGAAUUGGAAAUGUUACUAAAUAAUUUGAGACGGAUAAGUUUCGAUAAACAUAUAAAUGAAUGGGUAGAGUUAAAGGAAAACAAUCCUGUAUUUUCAAAUUCAGAAGCAGUAUCUAAGGAACAGUUGAAUUUGGAUAAAUUGAAACUACACGAUAUAAUAAUAGAAAUAAAUGAUAAACUUUUCUCAGUUCUGAAUGACAUUUUAUAUGCAGUAAAAUAUAAAUAUAAUGAUAAUGCUUCAAAGGUGAAACUUAUAGGAAAUAUACAAAAUGAUAGCAUAGGUAGGAAGUUUAAUAAUUUAGACUUUCCACAUUGCCGAGAAAUGUUAAAUAUAUUUAGAAUGAAAUUUGGUCUUCACCAAUUUAGACCAAAUCAAUUAUCAGCAAUAAAUGCUGCUAUUCUUGGAUACGAUUGUUUCAUUCUGAUGCCCACUGGUGGUGGAAAGUCCUUAUGCUAUCAACUUCCAGCAUUAAUAAGUCUUGGAAUCACCAUUGUCAUUUCACCAUUGAGAAGUCUUAUUAUCGACCAGAUUCAGAAGCUGUCGUCUCUUGACAUUCCAGCGAUGUAUCUGACUGCUGAUCUGAGUGACGAGCAGGUUUACCGUGUGUUUAGGAAACUGCAUGAAACAUCGUCAGAUCUGAAGUUGCUGUAUGUAACCCCGGAGAAGUUAUCCAUGUCAACUAAAUUCUGCAGAAGUCUUGACGCCCUUUAUCAACGUCGCAAGCUCGCACGUUUCGUUAUCGAUGAGGUACACUGUGUCAGCCAGUGGGGCCACGACUUUCGUCCAGAUUACAAGAAGCUUUGUGUUCUAAAGGAGAACUUCCCCGACGUCCCUAUUGUCGUCCUUACAGCCACGGCUACGCGACGCGUCAGAAGUGACAUUCUACAUCAGUUGCAUCUCCAUUCCCCGAUGUGGUUUAUUUCAAGCUUCAAUAGACCAAAUCUACGUUAUUCAGUAAUACCAAAAAAAACAAGAGCUGCUUGUCAGCAAAUUGUAGAUAUAAUCAAAUCGAAGUUUCCGAAAGAAUGUGGUAUCGUGUAUUGCAUCACACGGAAAGAUUGCGAUGAUCACGCAAAAGCAUUAUUCAUGAAGGGUAUUGAAGCAUUAAGUUAUCAUGCCGGGCUUGAUGAUAAGGUACGAAUAGAAAGACAGAGCCAAUGGAUUUCUGAAAAGGUGAAGGUGAUUUGUGCAACAAUAGCCUUUGGCAUGGGUAUCGAUAAACCGAAUGUGCGCUUCGUGAUCCACUCGUCAAUUCCUAAAUCCAUCGAGGGCUACUACCAGGAGAGUGGACGCGCAGGUCGUGACGGCGAUGCUGCUGAUUGCCUCCUCCUUUAUAACUACGCGGACAUGCACCGCUAUCGAAAUAUCAUGGAACGCAAUGACUACGCAAACGUGGAAGCCCUCAAGACCCACCUCGAUAACCUCUACAAGAUCGUGCAUUUCUGUGAGAAUUUGACUGAUUGUCGUAGGGCACUGCAGCUCAACUACUUUGGGGAGAAGUUCGAUCGACAGGAGUGUAUCGUCAAUUCCGAAACCACCUGUGAUAAUUGCCGUACUUACGAUAAAUUUCAAAACAUGGACGUUACGGACGAUGCAAAAGCACUUGUUAAACUGAUCCAAUCAUUAAAUAAUGUACGAAAAAACAAUGUGACGAUAUUGCAAGUUGUCGACAUUUACAAAGGUUCCAAUAUUUCUAGUAUAAGUUACAAAUUAGGAUAUAAUUAUCAUGAAUGGUUUGGCCGAGGAAAAUCGAUGACAAAAUGUGAAAUCGAGAGGCUUCUGCAUAAUUUAGUAAUCGAAGGAUAUUUAUGCGAAAAUAUGGAACUUAAUAAUGGAAUGAUUUGCGCUUACGUUGCACCUGGACAACUUGCAAACGAAUUACUAUAUCACAGUAACGUUCAGAUAUUCAUUCAGAAAAAGAGAACGCCGGAAAACAUAACAACGGAGGGCAGCAGAGUGCAAAUAUCGGCGGUGGCGAACGCCGAAUUGAAAGAAUUGGAGCAACGCUGCUAUGGCGAGCUAUUCGAUAUGGUCAACGGCAUCGCGGGCGCUCUCGACGUGUCUGCCAACUCCAUCAUGAAUAUCGUAGCCCUUCGCGCUAUGAGCCAACAAUUACCUUGCGACGAACAGGCCAUGUUGAAAAUACCGCAUGUGACCAAAGCAAACUUCCUCAAAUACGGUAAAGCGCUUCUCGACGUCACACAGAAAUACUCAAAGGAGAAGCAAGAAUCUGAAGAAUGUUAA